AUGCCCACUGGAGGGGUAUACUCAACUGAUUCAAUUAAAUUCGAGGAAUAUAAAUAUCUUGAAGGAAAUGUGGAGUAUAAAACACUUUUCGAGACAUUUAAUAAAGCUUUUGAAAGACUUGUAAAUAAAGUUGCCCAAUUUGCUCAACUAAAUUUAAAAAAUAUUAAUAUAUCUCUUGAUGAAACAGAUGUUAUUGCUAAUGAAUUAAAAAAAUAUGAUGAAAUUGUAAAAAAUAGUAAAAAUGUUGGUGAGAUGUUAGAAGAAAAGGUAAUGAGUAGAACUGGACACAUAGCUGAGAAAAAUUUUUUUAAUAAUUCGUAUAAAAUUUUGGAGAUCCAUCCGACCCUAAAUAUAGCUAUAUCGUAUUUAUUCGAAAUGAAUGAAUUCCAUCUAUUUUUAAUUCCCUAA